CUCUCGUUUAGUUGCAAGAAUAUCUAUAAAAGAAGGACCAAAGUCUCCUCUCUAUUGACUCGUCACCAAUCUCUUCUCGUCUCUCGAGCUCGCAACCCCUUGAUACCUCAAAAUCACGAUUUCGUCUCCGAACCCAAGUUUACCUCAAGCACAACACCUACCACCCAACAACUUGAACACUCAGCAAACAUGCAACUCUCACUUAAGACUCUCUCCGUUGCCCUCGGCCUCGCCGUCGCUGCCAUCGGUGCUCCAACCGAAGCUGUUGAAGCCACCGACGCUGCCCGUGACUGCAACCCCAACUUCUACAUGUGCAGUUACCAGAGCCUUCCUCACUCCUGGUAUGUCUGUGACUACAACUACAAGUGGAAGUAUGCUGGCCACUGUGAUACACCAGCCCAGCAAUGCACCAUCAUCGCUGGUCUCCCAUACUGCAUUUAG